AUGUUCAACAACAAGAACAUCUCCUCCUCAUCCGUCUUCUCGGCGUCUACAGCUGUCAAUGGCAACACUAACACCUGCAGCUGCAACCACUCCGCCAACAGCACUGGCUACUCAACCACCACCACCUCCAGCAACAACACAACAACAGCGGGAACAAACAGAUUGAGUGGAUUAUCAAAACGCGUCCCGACAAUGUCGUCUGUGAACGAGAAGCAAGGGGACGAAGAGGUCCACGAACUCAGCGAUCGGCGGAGCAGCAAUAGCAACAGUAAUAGUCCCACCCUAACUUCCCCUACGAUUGUCGUAGGUGGUGGCAGGACGUCGACGAGUCAGGAAUGGAGUCGUGGCGAGGGUGGGUCAGCUUCUGCGCUGGUCCAGGGUAUCGUGAUCGCCACCUCCCUUGAUUCCUCUUCCCCAUCACCCCUAGCAACGCCUGGGUCUACUUCACCGUCGUCGUCGUCUGACCAUGUCUCCGUCAAAAUGGACUAG